AUGACAGAUGAAAAAAAAGAGGAAUGGAUUCGCCGCCCGUACACACGCAGUAUACCGGUGAAAUUACGCUCGCUGGCGCAGUUGGAAGAGUCCACAGUAGACGCCACAACACAGUGGUACGAAUUAUUGGAGCAACUGGUUACUGAAACUGAUGUGAAGGGAAUUCUUCAGCAGACGACAAAGCGCAAGGCUGCCCGUAAGUUAGAGGAACUGGCGAGUCAAUUAAGGGCAGUUAUGCAGGAGAUGACGGCGCAAUCAGGACGUGUAGUCCGCGAAGGGGUGGAUACGCAAUCAUUUGAACAAUUUUGUGCCUGGGCUGGUAGCACUCCCUCUCUUCAGACAACUGAGGCAUCGAAUGGCUGUACCCAAAUGGAUAAACUUUGUGCACGCGUUUGCAUGCUGUGCUUGUGCGUAGCUGUGAUUCUUAAUGAUUUGGAAUUGCUUAUCUGCGGUAUGUCUUUUGCUGAAUCGCAUAAGCUCUUGGAAACGUAUAGCCGAGAGUGUGAACAGCGGAGUGUCCGCCAGAGUAACAGUAUUCCUGACAGUGGCAUGGAGAAGGGUAAAAAUAGUGAGGAUGUUGUUCUGUGCUCCACAGUUGCACACACAUUGAUUUGUGGUAAUGACCACAAUACCUUCGUGCCCUUGGCUGACGGUGAUGUGUUGUUAGCGUGUACAUUAUUAUAUUAUCUCUAUACACAAGAUGGGCCCUCCGCCAGCAAGUCAGUAAUGAUUUUGGAGAGGGUUUUGCACUGCGCAGAAGAGGUGGGAUAUACAUCAGAUGUGCUGGACGAGACGGGAGGGUACAGGAUAGAUUUUUUUUACACGAUAUCGCGCAUGGCCAAUUGGGUGGAAACUGACAAUUGUCCUCGCCUGUAUCAGCGUAUCGCACACGGAUUUCAUGGGGGGAGCGAGGUCCUUGUUCCAUUCCCACCGUUCGUUUUUUUGUUUACUCAGGUGAUGCUCCACAUGGUCGUGCGCCGAAGACUUGUGGAAAUGCAACUUCAAAAUGUGUGGCGCCCCGUAGUUACUAUGGAUGCGGCGCCCGUUGGCUGUGACGGCACUGCGGCAGAAACUUGCUCCCAUGUGCACCCAACCGUCUCCUCUACAUCUCUGUGUAGCGCACAUGGCAGUAAGUUCUUCGCGGUUUGUUUGAUGCUUCAACGUGACUGUUUGUCACAGUACAGGUCGUGGCCAUUACCUAUGGAGUUGCAAAAAAGUUUUUUUUGUUGA